UAAGAAGAAGCAUGGCAUUUUUUGAGAAAUAUUUUACCGAUGGGACAGUUUCCCUCCCUACAUAGAAAUGAUGACUAAGCAAUACUUGUCCUGAACGUAACAAUUGAAUUCAUAUUUGCCUCAAGAAUGUUAGGGUCAGACAUGGACAACAAUCAUGAAUCUGUUCCUCUGGACGAAAGUAAAGAGAACAAACCAAACAAUCGGAAUAAAAAACAGCGAGGCAGACGGACCAUCGGGCGCUUGCACAUCUUGUUGAUUGUUAUGGGGAUUAUUAUACUCAUGCUGUUAAUUGUAAUUGUAGUAUUAGUUUUCGUGAGGAAAAAGGAGAAAAUUCCACUUUGUUCGUCGGGUCAAAGUGUUGAUUUAUCAGAACCGGAUAACCCCUCCAUAUUUCAUGAUUUAACUUCAAAGGAAGUGAAAGGAAUGAUGGAAUUCUUAUAUAAGCAAAAAGAGCUUAAUUUAACAAGACCUGCAAAGAUCAAAGUGAAAACUUCAUAUAUUUUUACAGCAGAACUACAUCUUCCUGAAAAAGCAGACGCUGUUUCUUACCUAGAUAGUCGCGCCGGACAGAAACCACCCAGACAGGCGCGAGUGAUAAUUUUUCGCGGAGACUUAAUCGUACCAAAAAUUAUGGAGAUAGUCGUCACACCGCUCCCUAAUCCCACUCAUUACACGAUCUGGAAGGAUAACAUUCCUUUCCAGUAUCGCCCUGUCACCGGACCAGAUUACGAUAAUGCUGUAAAAAGCAUCACCAAGGAAACAGACCAAAAAGCACGCCAACUUUUGCGAGAGAGCUUUGGCGGGACACUUACAAACUGCAGUGAAGCUUGUCUCGCAUUUAAAUUUAUGACUCCAGUGUCGUCUGCUGUCAGUGGCCGGAACAGACGGCUGUAUUGGUUUUGGAUGUAUCAAUUCGUAGAAUUUUACAUUCUUCAUCCAGUUGACUUUGCUGUCCUUGUCGAUAUGGACGAUAUUAGGUAUUCCAUUGAGAAAGUUUGGUUCAAUAAGCAUGCUUUUGACACGAUCGAUUCUCUUGUUAUACAAUACAGCAAGAACACUAUGCAAAAGAAACCACUGCUGUUUCCUUACAUGUCUGACACUCUGUUCUCUAAGUUAAACAGACGAGAUACAGAGUUCUCGGAAACAUCACAGCGUCCGCCCAUUUCCAUCGAACCAGAUGGUCGGAGAUACAGCGUCAAAGGUCAGCAUGUGAAAUACAUGAACUGGGAAUUUGACUUCAGAAUGUCUAGUACUCGUGGCCCACAGCUGAAUGAUAUUCGUUUCAGGAACAAUAGAAUUGUAUACGAGCUAGCUCUACAAGAAAUAAGUGUGUUUUAUUCUGGGUAUAAACCGACACAGAUGUUCGCAAACUACUUUGAUACAACUGCUCUGAUUGGUCCCCAGGAUAAGGGGUUAGUCCCAGGUGUUGACUGUCCUUCCCACGCCACCUUUAUGCCCGCUUCCCACGUAUUGGAGUCCUCUGAAAAAAUAGUCACUUUCAAAAACGCCUUCUGUGUUUUUGAAAUCAACACAGGAAUGCCACUUCGAAGACAUCAUUCAUUCGCCUCUUUCCGCGGAUCGUUUUAUGAAGGAAUGUCCAAUGCUGUUCUUAUUCUUAGAUCAAUCCUGACAAUAGUCAAUUACGACUAUAUUCUGGACUUUAUAUUCUACCAAACCGGAGCUUUGGAGGUUAAAGUAGUUUCAACGGGCUACAUACUUGCCACCCCUUUAACAGUUAACGCUGCGAGUUUUGGAACACAAAUAAACGACAAUAUCAGUGGUAAUCUUCACCAUCAUAUGUUUAGCUAUAAAGUAGAUUUAGAUAUUGAAGGGUCACAGAACCGCUACAGAACGCUGGACAUCUCAACAACGGUGUCAGCAAAUCAUUUCAAUCCAGACCCAACUGCAAACAUUGUCCAAAAUCAGUUCAUUGUUUCUGAGAAAAAGACGGAAAGCGAAGCGGCAUACAAGUUUAAUUUUGAUACUCCAAAGUAUCACUUAUUUUACAGCAAUUUGAAAAGUAACAAGUUUGGAGAGCCAAGAUCGUACAGGCUAUUGAGUCGAGGAAUGAGUAAACAACUGCUACCAGAGGGAAAGGGAAACGAACCGGCUAUGCCUUGGAUGCGCUAUCAAAUUGCAGUCACAAAACGGAAAGAAAACGAAAGAAUAUGUAGUUCUAUUUACAGUGGAUUGGACGCAAAGUCACCUGUUGUCAAUUUCGACCACUUCUUAAAGGACAACGAAAAUAUUCUUGAUCAGGAUUUGGUUGCUUGGGUGAGUAUGGGUGUCCAGCACAUCCCCCAUACAGAAGAUCUUCCAGUGACCCACACACCAGGCAUGGACCUUAGUUUCUUUUUGCUACCGUAUAAUUAUUUCCCAGAAGAUCCUGCAAUGGGAUCACGUGAUUCCGUAAGAAUAGAACCAAACAUUUACAACAAUCCUGACAGUGGAGUAAAAGUGACCGGAUUUGAUAAAGAGGAUCUACAAUGUAAACCCCCUGUAAAUGAUUAUCAACAGGUUGUAGAAGCUGAUCCGGGUAUUUUGUUUGAAAAAUAAGAAAAUGCGAUCAAUAUGUAUUUUAAACUCCAUUUUUUAAAAAAAAAAUGGUAAUGACUAUAAACCUAGUCAAUGUUUGUAAAUGUUUAUAAUGACAUCAUCAGGUUAAACCUGUUCAGUUUGCCAUGUGCGUGAAGUGAUAAAUGUUUUACAUUUCCUAAGAAUGAGCGUGACUGUGGGUAUAUAAUUAUUGUACUGCUGGAUACUCUAAGGAAUUUUAUCUAGCAGCUGAGGUAUUGUCAAAAUCUAGGCAAAGAUAACUAUGUAUUUUCAAUUUCACCAGAAAAGGGAUCAAGGAUAUCGACCAAAUAUAUGAUAUAAAGAUGUAUGAUUGUCCUGCAUCACAUGAUCGUCAAUCAUAUCUCCAACAACAGGGGGAGAGAUAUGUUGCUUUUUUGCAGUUUAUCUAUCUGUUACAAAAUGAAGAUUCGAGGGUAUAACUCUACUCGCUAAAACGGAUUCAAACUUAAGUAUAUUGUUGACAUCUUAUGGGGUCUUGAUUUCGAAACAAACUCAAUUAAUUCUCAAAAGGGUUAAGGUCACUGUUCAGAAAGAAAGUGAAUUGGAUUUAGACCAUAAUCCGGGAACUCCUGACUGAAACGAGUUGAAAUAUUUACAGUUUAGUGUUGGUGAUGACUUGAUCAUCACAAAAAACUGGAAAUUGGAUUCGUGCCUUAACUUUAGAAUUCUUAAUUACAGUGACUUUAAAAGUAAAUAUUUUGCUGUUGAUCAAACAUAUCUUAAAGUUCAAGGUAAAAAACUGAAGGUUUUUUUUUAAUCGGCAAGUUAAAUUUUAUCUUUUUGAUUUAUGUAUACAUGUAUUGUUAAUUGUACCUAUAAUUUUAUAUUGAUCUAUGGACACGUCUUCAAUGUAAUAUAGUGAUGAUCAGAUGU